AUGGCCUCAUCCAGUGACGCAUGGACGGAGACGGAGCAGCAGCGGCUGGAAGAAGGACUGGUGAAGUUCGCAGCGCUCUGCGACGUGAAGGAGAAAUGGAAAGCCAUCGCCCAGCACGUCGGCACGCGCGACGUGCGGGCGUGCGCCGAACGCUUCAAAGUAUGUCGCCAGCGUGCUUUGGAGCAACAAAGAGCGCAGGAGAAGGAGGAGGAAGAAGAGGAAGAAGAGGAAGAGGAUGACGAAGAGGAAGAAGAACAGGAGCCGAGACAUGAUUGGAGACAAGAUGAUUGGAAGCAGUGGAGAGGUGAUUGGUGGAGUGAUUGGAAGUGGCAUGAGAGCUCUGAUCGGUGGAAAGAAGAGACGCCGGAAGACGACGCAGAGCGACGAAAGUGGGAAGUGCAGCAGGAAAUUGAGGCAAACCGCCGGAAACUGCAGCACAAGGAGGUGCAGAAGCAACGGGAAGAGGAGUUGCGAGAAGCCAAAUUGCGCGCGGAGAGAGAGCAGAAGGAGAAGGAACGUCAGGAGCAGCAAGCUGCUCGUGAGCAGAAGAUCUUGGACGCCAAGGAGCGCGAAGCUCAAAGGCGACAGGAGGAGGAACGGCUCAAGCGGUUCAUGCAGCAGAAGCGUGAGGAAGAAGAUGCUCAGGCCGGCUUCUAUGGCACAAGGCACUUGAACAUGAAGGGUGCCAGGGGCUUCAAAGGCGGCAAAGCUGGAAAGGGCGUUAAGAAGGGUGACAUCCAGCGUCAGCUGCGGGAGCAGGAGAUGGAACGCCGGGCCCGAGAGGUCUUGGCGAACAUUGGUUCCACAAGGAGCGCCGAGAUCGGAGAUCGGAACUCCAGCGACGUUGAGCGAGGCGUCGCAGGUUCGACGAGCAAAGGUGAUGCUCGGAACGGUGGCGGCGAUCGCGUGGAAGAGAGUGCAGCGCAGCCGCUCUCGAGUGGUAGAGAGACUGCGAGUGACAUGAAGGAUGGCCCGGUGACCUUAGGUGGGAAGAACAAAGAUGGCAAAGGAAAGACUGUCAAGAAAGGCGGCAAAAAGGAGAGAAAGACGGAUGAAGCCAGGACGAGUGAGAAGGAUCGAUGGUGGACUAAGAUCGAUGGUGAUUGCCCCAUCUCAUUGAUCCCGAUUGCUGAGCUUCCAGUGCCACCCUUCACCUUGAAAGCCUCUGGCAGCUCUGUGCCUCACUACUUUGAUGCCCGCUUCCUGGCCAGCUUUCUCUUGAGCUCCUUUGACUUCAUGAAUCCAGUCAAUCGAUCUCCCUUGAAUCGCGAGGAUUGUGUCGCCUUGGACGUCCAUUUGAGGCAGUUCUAUCCCGACUCCUCAUCCUCCGUGACCGACGCUUAUGACCUCUUUCAGCGCAAUGGAGGCAAUGGUAGUGAUGCGGUGCGACGCGAGGCCACGGCGGUCUUCCAGCACCUCUUUCGCUUCCAACCCCGGAACUUGGACUCUCGUGGUCGAGCCAUCAACUACAACGAUGGAGCCUUGACAGUCAUCGAUGAUGACGAUAUCCGUGUGAGCGCUGCUCAACAUACAGUGGCUUCCACUGCCGAAGCACUGGGCAGAGGAGGAUCUGAUGCAGUGUCCGUGCCGGGGCCUGGUCCACACCGUGUGGCAUCUGCUCCGCUGUCGGGUGCUUGGCCUGAAGCAAAAGCUGCAGCAAAUCGUCCAGUCGUGGAGGAGUUCCCAGCCCUGCCAGGUGCCAAGCCCAAAGCCAAGGGGGAAGAAGAGGAGUGGAAGAAGCAAGGGGUAGAGGAAGUGCGAAGGGUGGGGAAUCCAGGCGGCCCUGUUCUCAGUGAAGAUGAGGUGAAAAUCCUCCUCGAGGGUGCUGCGCGGGGCGACGCGGAGUCGCAGACCAUCAUCGGGCGCAUGUGCCUCGAAGGUGAUGUAGCUGAACCUGAUCCGGCACAGGCUGCGGAGUGGUUCCUGAAGGCAGCGGAGCAGGGGGACAAAGAUGGGCAAUACAAUCUUGGGAUGUUGCUCAUCUCUGGCAACGGAGUACCGCAAGACAUGCAAGAAGGCUCCAUGUGGCUCGAGAAGGCUGCGGAGCAAGGCGUCCAUUUGGCGCAGUACUUCUAUGCUGCAACGAACUUGCAAGAUGGCUUUGAUGGAGAUUCCGAUAAGGCCAUGAAGUAUAUGAGAUCUGCCGCCGAAAAUGGCAUCGCAGAUGCUCAGUAUGCACUUGGCAUGAUCUUGCUCCAAACUCAAGACUUGGAAUGGGCUGCGCAUUGGCUGAACACGGCAGCGCAGCAGGGCGACAGCCGAGCUCAGUACCAGAUUGCCAGGAUGUUCCUCUACGGUGCUGGACUUGAACAAGAUGAGGCCACGGCUGCUUCGUGGGCCUCGGCCGCUGCCAACAGCGGCUACAAGGACGCGCAAUACCUCAUGGGCACCAUGCUCCUGGCGGGACAAGGUGUGGAACAAAAUAUGGCCUGGGCAGCUCAUUGGUUUGAGCAGGCAGCACUUCAGGGCCACGUAGAUGCUCAGUACAACUUGGGCUUGAUGUUAGAAUCUGGCGAUGGAGUGCCAGAGGACAAGGUGAAGGCUGCGUACUGGCUGGAACAGGCGGCCUCCCAAGGUGAUGAUGAAGCAGCGAGGACGAGUGAAGAGCUCAAAGCAUGA